AAUCUCCGGCAGCAGCAGCAAAGUCCCAUCUGCUCACCUGAGAGGAAGCGGCCUGCAGACAACACACACUUUAGGACCUCUUUUGUCUUCUCUUUUUCGGUUUCUUCUGCCAUGAGAUCUGGUGGAUGGAUGAGCAGGAAGCUGCUGAUGAGCUGAGAACGUGGAAAUAAGGAGCAGCGAGUCCGGGGUGGAUCUUUAGGGGAGGUGUUUUUUUGAGAAAUGGCUGGAAAGUGUGGGAAGCUGGUGCUGUGGGUGCUUGGGGCCAUGCUGCUUUCAUGCUGCUUGUACAUGGAAACAGAUGCCACCUUUGAGCUGGAGGUGGGUUUGGAGGAGAGUGGAGAAUCUACAGGAGAGCCAGUGGCGGGCUCUGAUGAGUUGUUAUACAGACGACACGCCGCUCUAACUCGAAGGAAGAGGGACAUCUUGUUUCCCAGCGGAGUCAAGCUUUGCUCUCAGGAGACGUUCGACCAAGCUAUUGCGAACCACCUCAGCUACUUCCAUCUCAGAGUGUGUCAGGAGACAGUUUGGGAGGCCUUUAAGAUCUUCUGGGAUCGGCUGCCCGAGCGGGAUGAGUACCAGGGCUGGGUGAGCCGCUGCAUGGAUGGCUCCAUCAGUGUCAUGGACAUAGGCAGAUUCUUCAGCCAAUCAGAGGAGCAUCGAAGCCUCAUCAGGAGUAGAGUUGCUCUGGUUGCUGCAAUGAACAUUGUGCCCAUCAGCCCUACUCCAUGCAGCUCGGAGACACCGACCACUCAGACUGGAGAUGCAGUGACCGAGAUCCCACCAGGAGAGAGUGACAUCAUCAUUGGAUCAGAGACAAUCACAAUCAAGCAAGAUGAUCUUACUGUAGAUCUUGAGGUCACUUCCUGGGUUCCUUCGGUCUCUGUGACUGAAGGUCCACAUCAAGAGUCUACGGCACACAUUAACACUGAGGUUUUAAGUGUUGGGGGCCUGCUUGAGGAUUCUGUGGAGGUGGCAACAGAGGCUGAUUACGCUGUUACACAUAAGCCUUUAGAUUGGAUCGAUCAGGAAAUUGGGGAAGACAAAACUAUCCCUGAAAUAUCAGAUAAGGAGGAGGCUGUAGUUGAAGAUGACAAGAUCAUUGGGAUCAUCCCUGAAAAUGUGAUCAUAGUUGACUCUGAGGUCAUUCAGGAAGUUACCCCAAAAGGUGAGAAGCCUCCGUUAGACGUUGUGGCCCAUGAAGCACCCACAGAAGAAACUGUUGUGGUUCUUCAGAUGCCCACCACAGCAUCAGAAACUAUCACAUUGGAGGAAUUAGGGCAGAAGGUACAUCCGAAGGUGAUCUCUGAGGCUCCUUCAGAAGUCAUGAUACAGCACAUCCCUAAGGCAACCACGGAAGAUGCUGUUGAGACAGAAAUUAAAGGAAUUCCAGAAAAAUCUCUGGAUAUCCAUGACAAAACUUUCACUGAGGAUUUUGUAGAGAAACCCUCAGAGGAUUUAGAGGAUGAAGCAAUACCACUUCCAAUUCCUGAAGAAGCUGAAGACAAAAUACAUGCACCUCCAGUAGAACAUCCUUCAAAGGCAGUUGUAGAGGUGAGCCAAGAAGUAACCAAAGUCAUCACAGAAGCAACAGAAACUGUAUUACUGAUAAUAGAUGCAGAAGAAGAAGCUGAAAUAUUCAAUAAUGUGACUCCAAAACAAGGAUCUGCCUCAAAUGUAGAAACAGAAGUCCCCUCCCAGGCCUCUAUUCUGACGACAACACAUAAGAUGGAAGUAACAGUUGUUGAAUACACUCCAAAGGACAAACCAACACUAAUGGCUGAGGUUACUUCUAAGCCUGUUCUAAUAUUAGAACAUAACAAAGGUGAAAAAUACAGUGUCACAGAGGAACCGCCAACAAUACAGAUAACUACAUCCAAGGAACACAGCAAAGAAGAAAUACCAGUGGUGUCAAAAGAGGAGGUAAAAGCAGAAGUCAAACAAGAAGAGGUUGUUCUGGUAGAUAAGACUAAACAAAUAACACAGACUGGUGUAGAAGGGCCAAAAGAUACAGUUGCUGAAGAAGUUGCAGUUCAAACAGUAACAGCUCCAGAAGCAGCAGCAAAAGAACUACACAAAAAAGCAGAAGAGGCAACAGUUAUAGUGGAGAGUACAUUAAUAACCUCAGAUGAUGUCGCAACAGACAAAACAGAGGAAGAAAGAGCUGAGGUAGUUGUAGAAAUACCUUUUGAAGAGGAAAAACAUGUAACACAGAUAGAAGGGAAAAUGUUGGAAGCUACAGGAGAACCAGUUAAAGAUGAAGAUGAUACAACUGAUGACUUUAGAGAAACUGUACAGGAGGAAGGAAGAAAGGAAGAAACUACAGAACAACCAAAACCUUUAGUGGAAACUUUACAUGAACCUGAACCUCUCGAACCUGUGGAAGAAAUUGUAGAUAUAGUAGAACCUUCAGAAAUUACUACAAAGGAUGUCAAACCCAUAGAAGAAACCACAAAGGAGACUGAGCCCACAAUAGAACCAGCAGAAGAAGUAGAACUUGUAGAAGUCAUCAGAGAAGAGACUAAACCUCUGGAAGAAUUGGCACAAGAACUGGAACCUGUUAAAGAAACCACAGAAAAGACAGAACUAGUAGAAAAACCAGUGACAGAGGCCAAAUCUGUAGAAGAGACUCAUGAGAAGUCACCACAACCCAAGAGAGAACCGACAAGAAAAACAGAACUAAGUGAAGAAAUGACAGUGAAACCUGAACUCAAAAACGAUCCAGUUCAAGAAGCAGAAGGACCAGUACUCAAAGCAGUACCCACAGAAGAACCAAGAGAAGGCGAACUCAUCAAAGAUACUACAGAAAAAACACAACCCACAACAGAACCAGCCCAAAUUGAAUCUAUAAAAGAAACUGGUGAAAAAAAUGAACCAACAAGACAAUCUAUAGAACAAUCAAAACCCAAAAUAAUAACGGAGGAUGAUAAACCUGAUUUUGUUUUAACAUCUGUCAAUAAAACUCAAGAAGGAGCUGAAGGGGAAACAUUUGAGGACAGAGAAGAAGUUGCCUCUGAGAGUUUAGAUGAGGUAACGGAGAAAGAAGCUGGAUUUGAAGAUCCAGAAACAGAUGAAACUUCACCAGAAGUUACAGAGACCCCUUCAGAAUCUGAUGAGGAAAUCACUCCUGUGCUUGUUGUUGUUCCAGAAGACACAGAGACAUCUGCACCUGAGAUAACAGUGGAACCUCCUGGUGGAUCUGAAGUGGGAAUUCUCCUAGAAACAAUCAAAAAUAGCAGUAAAAAAGUCACUAAAUCUGAAGUUCCAGAGCCUAAAUUAUUCCCUGAAGCUGAGGAAGAAAUCUCAAAGGCUCCACUUGAAACAUCUCCAAAAGCUGUCACUGAUGCCCAACCAGGCACAAUUUCAGAGGUAGAAACCCCUAAGGAGGUCACCCCAGAGUCUCCUAAAGAGCUUCCCAGUAAGGAAGAUGGUGCCUCAGAUGAGGGCAGUAUCCCGGUAGCUUUAGAAGACCCCGAUCAAGAAUCAGCUGAGGGUGACUCCCCAACUGAAGAAGUGGAUGAAAUCUUAACAGAGACACCACUAGAAGUGGCACCUGAGUCAGUUGAUUCCAUCACCCUAGAAACAGUUGUGGAUUUCACUGAAGAGAGAACACAAAGUACUACACUGGGUGCCACUGAGGAGUCUACCCCUACUUCCUAUUUGGAGAUUACGACCAAGUAUGUGGUCGAAUACAAUAAUGGCAACUUUCCCGAUCUUACAGAGAGGGUUUAUGACGUAAAUGGCAACUUUUUUGGAAACAAUGGCUUCAAGUUGGAGGAUGAGGAGGAGAACUUGAUUGGUAAUGAGAUAGACACGUUACUUCUGCCCCCGAGGCCCCUGAAGGAUGAGGUGGUAGAGUUGAGCAUGAAACUGAAAGAGGAAACCUACAACGAUGCGCUGAGAGACCCAAGCAGCUUUGAGUAUCAGCAGCUGGCCAGACACUUCAAACGCAGGAUUGAAGACGCCUUUCAUAGAGUGCCGGGCUUCAAGACGGUUUACAUUGUGGAAUUCAGACCCCAGAAGGAUCUGGAGCGGGGUUUGGUGGUCCUUGUGCACUAUGCCAUCACUCUGGAGGUGGAUGGGAGUGGGAUUGCCAACGACACGUUGGAUUUCAUCUCUCUGCAGAACAACCUUGUGGAGAAGAACUACCCUGGUUCCGCUGAGCAGCCCACUGUUGUCUACACCAUCACCGACUUCCGCAACUACAUCACUGAGGCUCUGCACAAAGACAACUUCAUGACCAACAAUAGCCUGGAGACACAGGGUGACCCACUGCAGUUGGAGAAUGCAGAGAACUUGUUGCCUCCUGUGAAACCAACAAGUCAACCAGUUGACACCUUUGACAACAUGGACAAUGUCCUCGCUGCAGAGAAGCCUCCCGAUGCACCGACGCAUGAGGCGGAUGACAAUGAUGUUUUCUCAAAGAAGGAGGACUUCCUGUUUGAUCCUUUCAGCCAGUGGAAAGCUCCACAGCUUGACAGGACAAGCGAGAAUGAUGUCUUUUUGCUCGAUGAGAGUACAGCGUCUCCACUGAACCCUGAAUUUCCACAGAAGACCUUCGAUCUGGAGACUGGAAACAGUGAUGGAAAAAUUGAAGAUGAGGGAUUCCUCUUGAGUAACGCUCCCCCUGCCAGUGACAAAGCCAACCGAGAGAAUGAUGCUGUCAGUCCUGAAAUUUCCUCUGCAGCCAGACAACCCCCUCCUGUAAACCAGCAGACAAUACCUGGGCUCACUCAGAAUGAUGGCUCUGGCUCUGGGUCCUCUGGAGAUGGCCAGGAAGCUGAUCUCUGGAGCUGGCAGACUUCAGUGACAUUCAGUGACAAUGAAGGUGGAAGCCUGGACAUGCUCCCACCGCCUGAUCUGGAGGAGACUGAAGAGGAGGACAUUGAUUUAGGCGAGGUUGCUGUUGAACCAUUAACUACUAAGAAAUCUGUUUUGGUUGACAUGGGAGUAGAAUUUAUUUUAAAAGCAACAGCAGUUCCUGUUUUUGAAGAAGCAUUGUCAGAAGGACAUAUUGAAAAACCUUUUCUGGAUGAGGUCCUGGUGACUCCGCACAUAAGCACUGAUCCCCGAUACUCAACCACAACUCAUGCACCUGUUUUUUCACCCAAAGAAACUCUGGCUGUUGAGUUUUCUGUACAAACAGUGGAAGCGUCUGGCAUGUAUGAUGACUACUCCUUGACUGAGCCUCAAACCCCUGUGGGAGUAGUUACAGAUUCUCCUGAACCAGAGGCUUGGACUCAGGAGGAAGCUGUUUUUCCUGGACCAUCGGAUUUAGCUAUUGGGCUUCAUAAAACCACUGAAGAGGUGGGAGUACCUAGUGAAACAACAAUAGAGCUUUCAAUGGUUACGACUGAAUCUAAAUAUGCAGAAAAUGGACCUGAGAAUGUAGAUGUUCAAGUUACAGUUGUAUCUGGACCACCUAAAGCACCUGAUAGGGACAGCCCUGCUACCCCACACACAAUCACAGGCAGUGAUUUCAGCUUUUAUGCCAUCACUGAUGCACCAUCAAUAGUUGAAGUUCUUACAGAAAAACCUGAACUGCUACUGGCAGGAAUGAAAGCCCACGAUCAGGUUGAAAUUUUGGAAGAACAGCAUAUCGGGACAACAACAACAGCACCAGCAAAUAAAGUACAAGAUGAGGACCUGAUUGUGGAUGAGGUGAUGAUCGCCAUUACAACAACUACUACUCCAGUCCCAACUUCAUCAGUAAGGCCAGAUCACCACAGUAGCAUUGCACUCUCACCAGAGAAGGACUCACCAUUCACUCGAGUGUCAGAUUCAGUGCCAGAUGAUGAUGAUCUGAUUCAUCAUGAGCAACUAAACCAUGAAGAGCUUACUGUAUCCUCAAUAAGCACACAGUCUCCAGAUGGGUUAGACCAUCUGGUUCACAAUGAACCAGCAGUGUUUCACCAUGAACACACAAGGUAUAAAGAUAUUACUAACACUUCAGUAAUCACACCACCUUCAGAUGGUCCUCAAUCAAAACCAGCAGUGAUUUAUCAUGAACACCAUGAAAAUCUUCCUGAAGCUCCAUCAAGCACUCCUCCUCCAUAUGGUCCUCAGUCAAAACCAGUAGUGGCUCACCAUGAGCACACAAAGCAUAAAGAUCUUCAUGAAGCACCAGUAAGCACAGCACCUGUAGAUGGUCCUCAGUCAAAACCAACAGUUGUUUACCAUGAACACCAUGAAGAGCUUCCUGAAGCUCCAAGAAGCACUCCAUCUUCAAGUAGUCCUCAGUCAAAACCAGCAGUGGUUCACCUUGAUUAUCGAAACCAUGAAGAUCUUCCUGAACCUCCAGUAAGCACUCCUUCUCCAGAUGGUCCUCAGUCAAAACCAGCAGUGGUUCACCUUGAUUAUCGAAACCAUGAAGAUCUUCCUGAACCUCCAGUAAGCACUCCUUCUCCAGAUGGUCCUCAGUCAAAACCAGCAGUGAUUCAUUAUGAGCACCAUGAAGAUCUUCCUGAAGCUCCAGUGAGGGCUCCGUCUUCAGAUGGUCCUAAGUCAAAACCGGCAGUGAUUCCUCAUCAGGACCAUGAAGAUGUUCCUGAAGCUCCAGUGAGGGCUCCGUCUUUAGAUGGUCGUCAGUCGAAACCAGCAGUGGUUCACCAUGAGCAUCGAAACCAUGAAGAUCUUAAUGAAGCUUCAAAAAACACACCACCUCCAAAGGUUCCUCAGUCAAAACCAGCUGUGGUUUUCAGUGAGGACACAAGACAUGAAGAUCUUAGUGAAACCCCAGUACACACUCUAUUUUCUGAUCCACAGUCAAAACCAGCAGUCGUUGUUCCUUCCUCUGUGCAGAAAGUUGAUGACCACGCUCCUGUGACUGAACUCCAACCUUUCGAACAUGGUGUCUCUGAUGUGCCCAGCAUCGCUGUCAGCUUUGAUGUAUUCCAGUAUGGCGGGGUGUCGAUUGAAGGGGAAAGCAGUGGCUUCUCCAGUGGAGCUCAGGCCUCUGAUUUAGAUGCCAUUGCAUUACCAACCCGACCUGGCAGGGCGUUAACAAUUUUCUUCAGCUUGAGGGUGACCAACAUGGUGUUCUCAAUGGACCUGUUCAACAAGAGCUCCCCGGAAUACAAGGCUCUGGAGCAGCGUUUCCUCCAGCUGCUGGUCCCAUACCUGGAGUCAAACCUGAACAACUUCCAGAACCUGGAGAUCCUUAACUUUAGAAAUGGCAGCAUUGUGGUAAACAGUAGGAUGAGGUUUGGUAAACCAGUACACAGAGGAGUCACCAAUGUUGUCUAUUUAAUCUUGGAAGACUUUGCCAACACUGCCUAUCAGACCAUGAACCUCGCAAUUGACAAGUACUCACUUGAUGUUGAGUCAGGUGACCGGGCUGAUCCCUGUAAGUUCCAGGCAUGUAACAAGUUUUCCAGGUGUAUAGUGAAUCAGUGGUCAAGUGAAGCAGAGUGUGUGUGCAACGCUGGAUAUCUGAGUGUGGAUGGCCUGCCAUGUCAGAGCAUCUGUGAGGUGCAACACGAUUUUUGCCUUAAUGAUGGAAAAUGUGACAUCAUCCCUGGCAAGGGUGCCAUCUGCAGGUGUCGUGUUGGAGAAAAUUGGUGGUAUCGUGGUGAACACUGUGAAGAGUAUGUUUCCGAGCCAUUGGUGGUGGGCAUCGCCAUUGCCUCAGUGGCUGGUUUCCUGAUGGUAGCGGCUGGGAUUAUCUUUUUCCUGGCUAGGUCGUUACGAGAGCAGUAUGAUGGGGAGGACACAGAGGACCCCUUACGGCGAGGUGACAGUUUGCCAACACUUGAACGUGCCACCAAGUUCAACCCGAUGUUUGAGAGUGACCCUGUUACUGCCCAGUACUAUCGCCGCUACAAUGAUGACGUGCCCCAGUACUACCGUCAGUGUGAUCGCGGGCUCCCUCACUUCAGCAGCUCUGCCAGUGUAGGCGAUUCUAAAGACCUCAGCAGUGAAGAGAUAAAAAACAUCUAUCAAAACACCACACUCAGUAAAGAGGAGAUUCAAGAACGCCUGAGGAUAAUCGAGCUGUGUGCAAGGGAUCAACACUUCGCAGAAUUUGUGCGACAGACUCAAAUAUUCCUGGAGAGGAGAGGGAGCUCCACCACAUAACCAUCCAGCAGCCUCUGACCAGAAACCUGCCUUCGUCUGUGUGUUGAGGAAGGGAGUAGAGGUGAAGGUGACCAAAUGUUCAACAAUCUGGGAGUUUAUUUUCUAAGAACAGUGUUCUACUUCUGAGGGACCCUGAAAUGAACUUGGGAUCCUUGAAGUUGCCUCUUCUCUUACCUUGAAACUUCAACUUUUCCUGUAAUCACUGUGUUGCUUAUUUAUUCUGUACAAAGACUUCAGUAACUGCUUUUUAACCUCUCAACAGUUUCACAGCUGCAUACCUCUGUCUUACACUUUCACCUUAGCUUAAAUUCAAGGGUUUCUGAUAAUAUCCCAACUUGCCUGUCACUGCUGUCAUAUUAAAGAAGCGCGUCUGAAGUAUAGUUUUUAAUUUUUGCACCAGUAACAUUAUUUUAAUAUCUGUCUUUUGGUAUUAAUUUCUGUUUUUCCGACGUGGUUUUUCAGGACAGCUGUGACUUGCAACGCUCAUCCCCAUCAGUGCCUUUGCUGCUCUGGUAGCUUUUUCUGGGAUAUGAUGUGUAGAAUCUCAGAGCCCUUGUUUUAAAUAUAUACAUCACUAUAAAACCAUGCUUGAAUCAGCAAAAUUCCUUUUUUUUUUCUUCUGCUUCAUGUUCACCCAAUCAGUCACUUUGCAAAUGGGAAUGUUUACAUUUGUUAGUCAGUGCUUGCUGGAACAUUAACUGAUGUAUUGAACAUGUAUAGCCUGUCAUUGUGUUGUAUAUCUUUGUGAAGUUCAAGAAAGUUAUCUUUCUCCAAAAAGUUAUUCUCUUCUUCAGAGAAGGCACCAUCAUGUUCUGACAAGUCAUAAGUCACUGCAGGUACUGUCUUCUUCCAGACUAUCUAUUCUUGAGGGUAAGUAGCAGACAGGUGCUGCUAAUUAAAUGCAUUUUAGACAGUGAUCCUUAGUGAGUGUGACCUCUAUAAAAGCAAAAGUUUGGGCAUUUUACUUGUCUUGGGCAUUCAGAUAUAUGUUAACACAAUGCCACAAUCUUUAGAGGAGUGGACAUCACAGCAAAUCUUUUUAGAAAGAAGAAAGACUCUUCUCUCUAAAAAGAUUAUGGCAGCACAGCUUAGGUUUGGAAAGUUGCAUCUGAUCAAACAACAAGACUCCUGGAACAAUGUCCUUUGGACAGAUGAGACCAAAGUGGAAAUGUUUACCCAUUAUGCACUGCAUCAUGUUUGGAGAAAACCAAUCAUAGCACCUCAGCACAAACACCUUAUACCAACUGUCAACACAGUGGUGGAAGGGUGUUGAUUUGGGCUUGUUUUGCCGACACUUGACAUGGGCGCCUUGCAGUCAUUGAGGUGACCACAAACCUGUCUGCCUGCCAAAGUAUUCUAAAGUCAAAUCAUCUGUCCAACAGUUAAGUUGGAUCAUGCAGCAAGACAAUGAUCUCAAACACAGCAAAUCUCCAACAGAAUGGCUGAAAAAGAAAAGAGUGAAGGUGUUGCAAUGAUCCAGGCAAAGUCCAUACCUCAACCUGUUUGAAAUCCUGUUGCGGGGCUUUAAGAGAGAUGUGCAAAACUCAAUGAGCUGAAGCACCAUCAAAGAAAAGGAGUGGGCCAAAAUUCUUAUACAAUGAUGGGACAUGAUAAUGUCAAACAGAAACCGAUUACUUUAAGUUCCAUACAUACAUCUUGUAGAAUCCCCCUCUAGAAGCCAGUAAAUCAUUGGGUUCACUUGGUUUUUCACAAAACUACACUGCUGUGAAAACUUUCUUCUUCUCAUGACUGUAAGUUCCUCUCCUUUUCUCAAGAAAUUAAUAUUCUUAUUAUUGUAUUUGCACAAGUUACUAUCUCAUUUCAACACAUUAUUGUUUUCUACCAAGGCGUUGUGUUUCUGAUAAAUAUAGUACUUUUUGCUUUGUUAAGGCAGUAUCUUACUAUCUUGCUUGAACAAAUUACUAUCGUGUUUCAAGUAACUAUUAUUGUUCUGCCAAUGUAAAACAUUAUUUUACAGGUUACAAGUUACUGUGUUAUUCAGACAGGUGACUGACUUGUUCUGAGAAGGUGUUGGUGGUCAAAUCAGGUAUUUUUUUGUACUGACAAGUUACUAGCUUUCCCCAAGAAGUUAUGGUUUUGAUGAGGUAUUAUAAUAUUAUGUAAAUUACACUGAGAAAGUUUUGACAAUUUCAUUCAUUUGCUGUUAUGUUUGCACAAGAUGUUAACUUACAUGAAAACAAUCAUUUAUAAAAAUUCAUGACUUCCCAUUUUAUGAACCAGGUGCUAAGAGAGAGACAAAUUAUUAUGACUGAUGAAAUAAAUAGAAUAGAAGUUCUCAUCUGCAAAACAGCCUCUUAAAAUCUGUCUUUAUGUUUUCUCUUUUUAAGUACUUGAAUUUUCUGUUUGUUGCUAUGAACUAAAUGAUUUGUACUAACUGUAGUUGAUAGUACAACCACUGAUAUUUGUUUUCAUAUAUGUUUAGGCUUGGUGUAUGUUUGUCACUUUAGAACGCUUAAAUCCAAAACAACUGUUUCAAAAUGUCACUUAGUGACUCAAAUGGCUUCUCAACCCCCAAAUUCUUCUUUAAAGCAAAGUUGAUGGAUCAUUUUCUGUUGGUUUGCAUGCAGGUCUCAGGCUCUCUGUUUUCCUCCAUGUUCUGUUUUGUAUUGUGUUUUCUAUGUGGUAUGUACAGCCAGCAGAGGAUGGCAAUAUUCUGACCAAAACCGAGUGUUCCAAAUGUAAAAUGUAAAUUUCUGAUAGAUAAAAAAAAAAAAAUCAUCCUACUCCAAGUUUCUGUUUUAGCGUUUUCCCACUUUUAUAUAAACUUUUACUAUAUAUAAGGAUAUCAUAUACCUUAAUAUUUUCUUUCUUUCUAUCCAAUUAUUAAAUCUGUCUGGCCACUCUGAAAGUUUCUUUAUAUUAUUUAUUUUUUUCACUGAUUUAAAAUAACCCUAACAAGCCAUAAUUUUUCACCCAAUAAUAGCGUGAAGAGAAAAAACUAUUCAGACAUGAUGUGUAAUUGUGAGCUAGCACAGUCACAUUUUUCCAAAAUAAAAUGAUUUUUUUUACAAAAUCAUUUGUCUCACAGGUUUUUUUUUUCCUUCUAAUGAGAACGGAUGAAAUAUACCACUAAUGUUUUCAAAAUUUCUGUGGUAAAAGAAUAUAAACUGUAAAUUAAAUAUGUUAUGCUUCAACUUACACUUACUAAAUACUGAUAAACAUAAGAGUUAACAGUGACUGACAGUCUGAUGAAACAAAGUCUGGAUGUUUCCAGUCGUUUUCAUUUACAAGAAGGUUUCUUGUAAUAACCCCUUGACUGCUGUCAGAUGGAGGAAUGUGACCGAGGUUAGCAAAUACACAAGGUGUCAGUCAAACUCAUUAUCACAACAACUUACUGACAGCAGAGGUAAAGGUGAAUAAAAGCUAUAACAACAAUAAGAUUUCAGGUUCAUUGUCUAUUUGUUUCUCCUGGUUUUAAAUGUGAUGCUUUCUCUUUUACCCUUUCUUUCUCUGUUUU